GACAACUAGAGAUGGCAGGAUAAAUGUACUGAAGCACGAUUACAGACAAUGGCUGGGGCUUAUAGCCAAGUUUCCAAUGCCACAUGAAGGAGCAGGUUAGAUCAUUUUCUUCAAAGGCUUCAGGCCAAAACUUUCAGGAGGCUGAACUGUCAGCAGGUUCUGCAAAUGGAUCCAACCUGUGCUUCUAGCUGAGUAGAGAGCUAUAAUUUUUUUAAAUAAAGUGCCAACCAGGGAUUGUCUUUGGUACCUGCACUUUCUAGAGAUCGUUCAGUACUUUCACAUUGCUGUGACGGUAAAAAUUGUAUUCAAGUUGGAGAAAAUGAAGCAGUUGAAAAGAAAAAGGAAAAGCAAUUUUAGUGUUCAAGAAACUCAGACCCUUUUGAAAGAAAUUAGAAAGAGGAAAGAAGUAAUAUUUUCCAAGCAGCUCAAUACAACAAUUAAUGAGAUGAAAAGGAAGGCUUGGGAGGAGAUUGCUGAGUGUGUGAAUGCUGUGGGUGAAGGAGAACAAAGAACCGGGGCUGAGGUGAAAAGGCGAUACCUGGACUGGCGAGCACUUAUGAAAAGGAAAUGGUUGAAGGCAAACAUGAAGCUGGUGGACUCUGGCUUCCCCCGUUCAUCGUCAGAUUUCAAUGACUCUCUCACUGAAGAGUUGGAUGAAAAGAUUUUGUUUCCAAAUGAGUCAAAUUUGGACUGGCAAAAUACAGCUGAUUUCAAGGAAGCAGAUGGAUCCUUAACAGAAAUCAAAGAGGAAGAAGAGGAGGAGGAAGAGAAGGGUCCACAGAAUUUUGAAUUUGAAAUGGAGGAGGAGGAGGAAGAAAUGUUAUCCUCUGUGGUGCCAGAUUCCAAGAGGGAAAACGAGCUUGAUGACUUCCCCCACAUCAAAGAGUUUGGUACUCUCUCCUCAAUACAGUCUCAGUCUGCCUAUGAUGAUUCGUACUUACUUAUAAGCUUGGAGAAACAGAAGCUUGAGAUAGAAAAGCAACGGCUAGAUAUCGAAGCAGAAAGACUACAGAUAGAAAAAGAGCGCCUGCAAAUUGAGAAGGAACGGUUAUGGCAUUUAGACAUGGAGCAUGAGAGACUGCAAGUAGAGAAAGAGCGGCUGCAAAUCGAAAGAGAAAAAUUGAGGUUACAGGUUGUCCAUUUGGAGAAACCUGCUCUGGAAAAUGAUCUCGGCCAAGCAGAAAAAAGCAUUCUGCAGCCCCUGGAUUUAGAGACUGAGAAAUUGAAACUUGAGAAGGAACGCUUACAACUAGAAAAAGACAGGUUGCAGUUUCUGAAGUUUGAAUCUGAGAAACUUCAGAUUGAAAAGGAACGUUUACAGAUAGAAAAAGAACGGCUUCGUAUUCAGAGGGAGGGACACUUGAAAUGAAUUUUCUUGUUUCUAUAAGUAAUGGAUAUCUUCAUGUAAAGGUUUAUAAGUCAUAGGUAGGAUUUCUCUAAAUCAAGUAGCAACAAGACUGUUGCUUUUUUUUUUUUAGCUGUUUUUCCUGUCAGUUUGUUAGUGUAUUUAAAAUGAAAAAAAAAAUUGUGGUAGGCAAUAACUCAUUGUGACUAAGUAGUACAUAUUUUAUGUGAUAUAGACUUUUCACUAUAGGAAAAAUGAAUAUGCUAUUCUCUUCCAUUCAGUAAAGUUACUUAGGGUAUUGUGUAAUAUGUGUCCAGGAUUCAUAAGCACCUUCAUGUCUAGGCUAAUUGUGUAAUUUCAAUAUUAUAUUAACUUUGCUCCUAAAACUACAGACAAUUGAAAUAAAUCUACACUGGUUAUGUAGAGGUACUUAAAUGACCAAAACGUUAAAUAUUAUAUAUGUAGAAAUGUGUAGUUAUCUUAUAGUGUAUUGAAUGAUAAUAAUUCCUUUUCCUCCACACACACUGUAGUUCACAAACAGCCAUUUAAGAUUCAGCAGUUCAGGAAUUAUUAGAGAUUUACCUAAAAUGAAUCAUAUUCAAAAACUGUUCCACUUAUCCUGAUGACUUUGGGUAUUUUUGUCAGUGUCAGACUUGUGUAGACACAGCUGAAGAAUUAGUCCCCUUUCAUCUUGAGUCCUACAACAAUCUGUCUUCUCUAUAUUAACUAAAAGCUUGAACAAGUAGAUGGGUGAGCAUGAAAGAAAUUUUGCAGUUGUACAUGAGUAUAACCCUGCUGCAAUUUUUUAGGCUUUUACAAAAGGAGUUGGGGGGAGGGGCAUAAUUCUUGCUAAGACAAAAUGGAUUUCUUCUCUAUGCCCCACCCCAAGGAAUAAUAUUUGUUUCAUCAGCUCCAUUGGCAUUUAGUCACAGAAGCUAAGGAUUUAUUUAAAUCGGUGAAAACCCUCUCCCUCAUACUGGAGGUGCUUCCUCCAUGCUCAGGUCAUGACCCCUGGUCCAGCCACGGUUGGAUUGGAGUGUAGAGCUAUUGCUUCCUGGGCUGGUUCUGGGAAUUGAAGUCUUCCAUUGAUCAAUUUAGCACCUUUCAUGAGCACUACAUUCACUUUAAAAAGGGGGGGCGGGGAGAGAAAAUGGAAACAUCUUUCAACUAGAUCUUUUGUAUUUUCUGUUUUGUAGAACUGAAGCCUAGCACUUAAUUCAUCUCACACAUUGACAGAACUUGACUGGCUGUGUAUUUGCUCCUUGUGAAAUCCAGAAUGGCUCGCUGAUGUAUAAAACUAGGACAUAUACCAUAGGUUACACCUACAUAGGUUAUAUGUGUAUAAGUAUAUUUGUACUUCCCGACUCUGCAAAUAGUGUUAUUUUUCUAUUGUUGAGACAACCACUUCUGCCAUAGAAAUAAAUUUAC